AUGCUUGUGAUAGGAUGGAAUGACGCGGGAGAAAAUAUUAAAAUCAACGAUCCCGUUUUUCUAGAUGAUUUCCAUGGGAAUAUCAAGUCUACUGUGCUACUACUAUCUCGCAGAAUUCACAUAGAUCAUCAAAAUUACCUGUUCCAGUAUCCACCAACCUUGGACGAUGAUGAUGUUGAUGGUGGUAUCGAUAUCACAGCCACCAUCGACAGAACCCCGUAUUUAUUUCGGUGCGAGAAUCGUACGGGGAAAAUUGAUGUUGCCACCGUUCGAGAAGUAGCUGGCAUGGCUGAAAACGAAGCAUGGGGGACGGUGAUGGUGCUGGUGGCGAAGGCUAGGUCCACAGGGGACCAGGACCCCGACCCCUUCACAGAAGAUGCUAGGGAGUUUGCAUCAGCCACAGAUGAUCCAAUCAUCCUUUGUGAUGAGACUAAUGUGGUUGAUGCAGUAAUCACCUACAGCCACCAGCGCCAGGUGGAAAGGCAACAGAGAGAACAGUUGGAGAUGUUGUUGAGACAGUUGCAGGAGAAGAGAGAGAGGGUAGAGAUGUUAGAGAGACAAUUGAGAGACAGACGAUUACAGGAUGAGAAAGAUAGACUUUUUGCAGAGUUGAACGCCACCAGCGAACUCUUAUUGGAGAAAUAA